AAAUACCUCGAGAGAGUUGACGUAGAUUCGAAGCUUGAUUAUAGCUUAAAUCUCUUAGCUAAUGACAAAUUUCAAGGAAUCUUGGAUUCAAGAGUUUUUAAGCCCAAUAAUACGGUAACAUCGCCGCCUCAAGUAAUCUUUUCCAAGGUUUCGUCAGACAAGGCCAAAGCUCGAAGAGUCUACAUCGUCAGUCGGCUGUCCCUCCGCUACUUCUUCUGUUGCAAAAUCAUUCCGAGAGUCGCAGAUAAAUAGUUUCGACCGCCAUUGUAAUAACAAAAAUUAGGUUAAAUUUUUUUUUUUUUUUCCUUGCUGAAUUACAUACUUCUAGAAAUUGAAGAAGUGAAGUCCAAGUGGAAGAUAAUAUGGCAAGCUCAAGAGAUAUUCAAGAAAUCGUUUCGAAGCUUUCAUCAGAUAAGGCCAAAGCUCGGGAAGAAGGAAUAAAGGUGUUGAAUAAUUGGUUGGGAGGGGAAAGAUCGUUUGGCUUCUGCAAGAUUUUAAGCCAGAACACCGCAAAUCUUCAACCAAACGAGAUUCCUCACUCUAAAACAUGGCCGUUCCUUGUAACAUUGCUCAUCCAAUGUAUAGCCUCAGAGAUAUCCACAAGCAAAAGGCGACCACCAAAGUUGCUUUCUGCAAAAACCUUUCGAAUUGCCAUCCAACGAGCAGAGGAUGCAAAGUUUUCGGGCAGGAGGCUACUUCUACUUCCUGUGGUCAAGGCAUUAUUCAGUCACAUCUGGGAUGUGCUAAGGGACGUUCCUACCUUCCAGUCUGAAUAUGGGAUCAUUCUCCGGUAUCUUUUGACAGUGAGAGAUUAUCGCUUUCACAUGAGGAAAAGGGUCUACUGCAGUCUCGUGCUUCUAUACAUGAACAAGGUGGAGACAAGCAUGAGUGGGAAGAACAAUAUACCAAACCCAAAGGGCUGCAUCCUAACUCUACAUUCCCUCUUGGAAAACCCUCCUGUAGAUUUUACUGAUAAUCUUAGAGAAGACAUUGUUAAGGGAUUUGUUCAGAUUUUCUCACAUGUAAGGGACGAGGGGAAAAUUUCACGCAAGCUUAUUGAGUGCAUUAAUACAUAUCUGUCGAAGGAUGGUCCAAAUCUGGGUUGCCAGUCCAUGGAGAUCCAUUCUGCCGCACAGGAAUUUUUGUUGCGUUCAUGGCUUACAACCCACGAUCGGGGUUUGAAGGAUGCCCUUAUUCUAUAUGCAAGGUUGCAACUAAAGCUAGUAAGGACUGCUGCUGAAGGGAGCCAUUUGGUGGAACAACUCUUAGAUGUUGUCUGUAAGGAACUUGAUCAAAACAAUAUGGUGAACACUAGUUUGCCAUGGAGUGAUGCCGCUAAAGAUGACAAGUUUGGAAACUUGACGAGCUUGCAAUUUUGUUUGAUGGAGCUUGCAGCCUUUGUUUUCUACUGGGCAUGUGUCAAUAUGACCAAACAACCAUCUUCAGAAAAGAGAGCUAGAAGAGAAGAUGUUGCAGCCUGUCUGAAGGAGGGGCUUAUGAAAGGGAAGUGGUUAUGGAACUGUGCCUUUUGUUUUCUUAUACGGAAUUACCACUAUCGCAUAAGUAAGGAUCUUGUAAUAUACUGGUUCGAAGGCAUUUGUGAAAGCUUUGAGAGGAUUUUGAAUGAAGGAAACACAAAUCAUGCUUAUAAUGGUGUACUGUGGGUUCUGAGGAGCCUGCAGGAACUCUCUUUUGUGCUGCUUCCCCAAGCAAGUGUUGAUACUCUACAAUGCUCAUCUCUCACCUCUAUCAAGCUUGGUACUAGCUGGCAUAUAAUCUGGACUUGUUUGAUGCAUGUGCUACCCAUAUUCAGUAACGUGACUUCAGUUGCAGAUGCUGCUUUGGUGCUCCUUGGGAACAUGAUUUCGAAUGAACUAGUGAAUACAGUUAUUGUGCCUCAAGAUGUCUGGGAUCUCCGUCUAUUUAAACAUAUGCCAUCGGUGUAUGCUUUGUACUUCAUCACAUGCUACUUUUCAAGAAAAGUUUCCCAGGGUGACCUGCGAGAUGUUUUACAUCUCAGAAAGAAUCUACUGAGAGCUGUUCUUGGAUUACUCAAAUGGAAGGAGUCUCUCGUGUUCAAUGAGCGGGUGGUCAUUUUAUUGCCAGCUGCUAUGUUUUCUCUUUCUACUGGUUGUGUACCCAUUUCUUACUACUCCAAAGGAUUACUCAUGGCAUACUCUUUCACUGAUGCCUCUGAAACUGCAGAUGACUGGUUUAAGAUUGAGGAACGUGACCAUGAAGUUUUGCAAGAAAUUUCUGAGUGUUCUGUAAACAUUUUGUCAGAAAUUGAGCUUGGUCCUCGUGUUGAGGCUUCUCAAUCCCAUUACCGGCACAGUGUGCGUCUUCCUCGGCAGGUAACAGAUCCACUGCUGCAUGAAAUGGAAGACUACUUUCUUGUGGAUGUAAUGGACAAGGAUAUUGGGAAGUUGCUUCUGUCUGAUAUCUUCUAUACAACUUCCCUCUUAUCCAACUGCAUUUACUGUUUGAUCGUAACAAGGCUAAGAGAUGAAAACUCCUCCUUUCUUGCCAAGAUGAUCCAGAAUUUAUUAAAACUACUUGAACAUGCUGUCUCUGUUAUCAAGCAAAACUACUCUGAUCUUCUACAUCAUGGUUGUUUGGGCUCUUGCCCCAUUUUGGAUGGUACUGGCUCUACAUUAGCUUCUCUUCGGAAUUUUCUCUGCUGUCCUCUUUUCAGUUGGAGAGAUCAAAAUGCUGCUGAUUCUGUGCUUUGUGGAUAUACUAUCCAAGCCACUGAGAAGCUCUUAAGGGCUUUGGCUAAGCUUUAUGAGGUAUACUCUGAAUGCUCAAGUAAUGUUCAAUUGGAGAUGGUCAUGGGUAACUUAUCAUCAUCCAAAUCUUGCCUGCAAAAUUCUAAUCCAUCAGAUGGAAGUGAAGUUAAGAUUGUAGAUAUGGAAUUGGAUGUGAAUGACGAUUCCAGUGAUAUGGAUCAUUUAGCUUUUCGUGGGAAGGGUGUGUCUGUCAUUUCUUCUCAUUCUUCUAUGAAGUGGAAGUUGGACAUGAUUACAGCAAUUUCUAGUUUUUUCUCAGUUCUGCCUUCUAUUACAUGGAAAAUCAUGUUUGAUCUCAUGGAAAGAGAAAAAGAUACAAAGGUCUGCGACCAUAUUCUUUGCAGUCUCUGUGAACAUUUUUCCUGGUCUUAUUCUCAUCUGUCGGACUUGGUUGCGUCUGUGGAAAGCAUGGUUGAAAUGAGAUUGAGUCUUAAACUCUCUUGUAAUAGUAUUUUAAAAGCUGUGCAUGUUUUGCUUAAGACGUUGACAUCCUCUGGUUCUGUUGGAAAGGAUAAAAGUGUUAAUUCAUCUGUGCAUGGAAGGGAAGCUGAACAGAGUUUAAUAUCUCUUGGAGACUUGAUAAACAAAAUUUCCACAUUGGAUAUUCUUAAUUGGCCUGGGCGUGUUCAGCUGAUUGACUGCAUAUGCAAAUUUAUUGUUCUUGAUCCUCCAAUCGGUCAGGUUAUGAUUGAAAAGCUUCUUGUGAUGCUUCGAGAUCCUGAUUAUCGAGUUAGGCUUCUCCUAGCUAGACGGGUUGGUGUGCUUUUCCAAACAUGGGAUGGUCAUGAUGAGCUUUUCCUUGAUAUAUGUUCCAACUUUGGUGUGAAGUUGGUUAUGUCCUCCAAAGAGAAACUCGUCAUGGAGAAGGAAGUAUUUACUGCUGGUCCUCAGCCAUCUCCAUUGUUGGAAACUGUCAUUGUUACUCUAGCACAUCUUGCAUUUUACAGCGAGAAAAUAGAGUUGGAGGCUGUUUUUAUGAUAUGUGCACUUGCUGCUAUUGAUCCUUGUCUGAGGGAAUUGGUCUAUGCAGUACUUGACAGUCUAUCAACACGUCUCCGGUACACAACAAGGUUUAAGUACUUGGAGGAACUUAUGGGAUCUAUUCUCUUUUGUUGGGUCAAUUGCAAUAUGAGCUUACUUUCGCUUAUUGAGAUACGGAAUCUAUUCGUUUCUAAAUUGGAGGCUAUUGACUUUGUGCAAUAUUGUUGCCCUUGGCUUCUUCCAGCUCUAGUUUUUGGUGGGGACACCACCAAUCUCUCUUUACUUGCUAAGGUUUCUGGUCAGCCAUUGAGAGAUCUUGCAAUAUGCCAUUUUGUGCCAAUUUUUGCAGUAUGUAUGGCAUUAUAUUGUAGUGACAAGAAGGGAAGUGAAAAAGGGGCUGCCGCGCUCCAGGGUUCACUUUUGUACAUUGCCGAAUUGACGGAGCCUGAACGAGACAAACUUAUAAAAAAACAUAUGGUAUCAAUUGUCAGUUAUAUUCUGUCACUUGCAUCUUCUGCUUUAAAGCCGACCAUUCCAUUCUUUUCCCAGGAUACAAUUGUGCUUGCAAUUCAAACAGUAGUUGAUGGAUUCUUGGAGACGGAUAAUCAUCCUGCAAACAUUUGUGUUGUUGAUAAAAUCAACAUCUUUCGUCCAGACAGAGUAUUUAUGUUUAUACUACAGAUGCAUUACAAAGUUACAGAAGCAGUUCAUUAUAGGCAUAGGUGUCAUCACUUGUCUGGAAUUCAUGUGCUUAUCAAUAUAAUUGGGCAUAGGGUAGUUGUUCCAAGCACUUCCUGUUAUCUUUUCAACUUAGUCGGACAAUUUGUCAGAUGUGAACCUUUACAAGAGCAAUGUUGUGUUAUUUUGUCCACGAUACUUGAAGCUUUCAAAAGCAACACUUCUAAAGAUGUCAUGAAUGUGCUAGGUGAACAACUCCAGUUUUUUGUAUCAAAGUUGGUAGCAUGUUGUAUUCCUUCUGCAGAUAAUGGUGAACCUUCUGGGUUUCCUUCUCAAGUUGUCUCUUUGCUUAAUCAACUAAUCGUGGAUUCUGAUCCUUUAUUGUAUGGUUACAUCAAAGAGUUGGAACCCUUCCCUGAUCUUGAGUGCUUUAACCAGAUACGGAGUUUUCAUCAGGAUUUGUGCAAAGCCUACUGUCCGAGAGAGCACUUUUUGAAGUUUGUUAGCAGAGCUUCCGACCUCCCAGAAAGAUUGCUUUCAUGGAGUCUUGAAGAAAUGCACAAAAAAUUACUUACGGAGGAGGUUAUUCGGCCAGAAAAAAAUGCUGAUGCUGUUGGGAAUUUUACUGUCUGGCAAUAUGAACCUGAAAUUGUUUCUGCUGCCUGGUCACUAGUCCGCUUGUGUGGUUCUAAUAAUUCUAUUAAAAUUCGACAAUUGGUGUCUGACUUCAUUUCUCGGGUUGGUUUUGGGGAUCCUCACUUAGUUGUUUUCCAUUUGCCAAAAGAUAUAUCUCCAAUCCCUUGUCCCCAGCCAGUUUCUCAUGGUAGUGGUACAAAAGUCAGUCCUGCUACUGGCAGUGGUGUAUCAGAAGAACUUCUGGUUACACUUAUAAGGCUGUUAAAGAAGUAUCUAUUGGAUCAUCCUGUGAAGAUAAUUGAUAUAGCUUCACAAGCUCUUCAGGGAAUACUUUCAACUAAUAGGGGUCAGGGAGCUCUGCUAUCUUUCGGUUCUUAUGAGAGGUCUCUUAUUGAGGUUCACUCGAAGGGUGUUAAAAUGGAAAUUGUUGAGAAGUUUCUAUUGGACUUAGAAAGAAAAUCCAAUGAUGAGGCUAUUUCUUUGGAGAACUCUUCUGUCUGGACAACACAUGGAAAAACAUAUGAUACCUGGAUAUGUCCCCUUGUUUACUCACUUAUUCGUUAUAGCAAUGAUAUGAUUCUAAGGUUAUGCCAAGAUAUAGUAUUGUUGAAGGCUGAAGUUGCUGAGCUGCUGCUGCCAAAUGUUCUUGCUAAUCUGGCUAGAAGGAAGGAUUUUAGUAUUGAUCUUUGCAAAUUAAUUUCAUCACAGGUUAGGGAAAAUGUUUUGAUUGAGUCUAAUGACUUGAUCAAAUCAGUUCAAGUCAUGUUGGAUGCACUGAAUGAGCUUCGAUUAUGUCAUGUCAUGGAGAGAGCUAGCUCAUCUUCAGUACUGCUUAAGCGAGAAAGUUCAAAGAAUGGUAGGCCUUCUGGUUACAGCUCAAGAUCUCGUUCCUCAUCUGAGAAAGUGAAAGAUGCCACAUCAGGGGCAAUGGCAAUGCCAACUUUGUUAUGGGAAAAGGUGUAUUGGCUUUCGAUCGAUUAUCUUGUUGUUGCAAAGUCUGCAAUUCACUGUGGCUCAUACUUCACUGCUGUGAUGUAUAUCGAACAUUGGUGUGAAGAGCAUUUCAACAGCCUCACACUGGGGAGCCCUGAUUUCUCUCCUCUUGAGCUGCUACCACCUCAUAUUGAAAUGCUAGUUUCAGCGGUCACACAAAUCAAUGAACCUGACAGUUUAUAUGGGAUCAUCCAGUCACACAAGCUAACAUCUCAAAUCAUUACCCAUGAACAUGAGGGUAACUGGAGCAAGGCUCUUGAGUAUUACGACUUACAAGUAAGAUCUGCCCAAGGAGUGGAAACGGAUGGUGUUUCAAACAAUUUUUCAACAGAACCUUCCACAUCUUGUCAACUUUCCUUCCCCAAAUCUGAUGAUGAGGAUAGGCGGAGGAAACCUUUCAUAGGGUUGAUGAGGUCUUUGCAGCAAAUUGGAUGCACACACAUACUAGAUUUGUAUUGUCAAGGUUUGACUUCUCAGAAGGGCAUGUCUCAUCAUGAUCCUGAAUUUUCCGAAUUACAGUAUGAAGCCGCUUGGCGUGCUGGAAACUGGGACUUCUCCUUACUUAACACUGAAGCUAGUCUGUCACCUUCGAGCCAGUGCAUUAAAAAUAAUCAUUUUAACGAAAAUUUACACAGUUGCUUGAGAGCAUUGCAAGAAGGAGAUUUCAAUGAAUUUCAUAUGAGGCUUGGAGAUUCAAAGCAGGAGCUUGUUCUGUCGAUAUAUCAUGCAAGCAAGGAGAGUACUCAAUACAUCUAUUCAUCUAUUGUUAAACUUCAGAUUUUGGACCAUCUUGGCAUGUCUUGGAAUUUACGUUGGAAAUCUUCUCCAUCUGGAACAAUAAAAUACCAUCAGGAGAAGCAAAAGAUUUUCUCUGAAUCCAUCACCCCUACCCUUGCUGAGUUAGAGUGGCUAAACACAAAUUGGAGUUGCAUUUUGAAACAAACACAACUACAUACGAACUUGUUGGAACCGUUCAUAGCAUUCCGGCGAGUUCUACUUCAAGUUUUAGGUUGCAACGAAUGCACGGUACAACACCUUUUGCAAUCUGCUUCCAUUCUUCGAAAGGGAUCUAGAUAUUCUCUAGCUGCUGCAGCUUUGCAUGAAUUCAAAUUCCUCAGUUCUGGGACAGAAAGACAACAUGCAAACUCAUAUUUAUGUUGCCUGGGGAGGCUUGAAGAAGCCAAGCUUUUACGGGCCCAAGGUCGACAUGAGAUGGCUAUCAAUCUUGCACGAUAUAUUUUAAAGCAUUAUCAUUUGAAUGGGGAAGCUUCAAAUAUACAUCGCUUGGUUGGCAAGUGGUUGGCAGAAACUCGAUCUAGCAACUCAAGAACUAUUUUGGAUCAGUACCUGAAACGUGCUGUGGAGCUCGUAGAGUGCAAUGAUAAAAGUGACAGAAGGUGCAUAGCAAGGCAGUGCCAAACACAUUUCCAUCUUGCACACUACACUGAUGCUUUAUUUAGGAGUUAUGAAGAAAGGCUUAAUUCAAAUGAAUGGCAAGCAGCUAUGCGAUUGAGGAGACAUAACAAAAAUGAGUUAGAAGCUCUCAUUAAGCGGCUGAAAAGUUCAACAAAGGGUGAGAAGAUCGACUAUUCAGCAAAGAUACAAGAACUGCAGAAGCAGCUUACCAUAGACAAAGAGGAGGCUGAACGAUUGCAGGAUGACAGGGACAAUUUCCUCAGUUUAGCAUUGGAAGGUUAUAAGCGCUGUUUGGUGAUAGGGGACAAGUAUGAUGUUAGAGUGGUGUUUCGACUUGUUUCCUUGUGGUUCGAUCUCUCUUCAAGACCCAAUGUUGUAAAUGGCAUGCUUAGCACAGUAAAGGAGGUUCAGUCAUACAAGUUUGUACCACUGGUGUAUCAAAUUGCUUCAAGAAUGGGUGGAUCAAAAGAUGGGCAGGGACCACAUACUUUCCAGUAUGCUUUGGUCUCUCUUGUGAAGAAGAUGGCCAUUGACCAUCCAUAUCAUACACUCUUUCAGCUUCUCGCUCUAGCAAAUGGUGACCGUGUUAAAGACAAGCAACGUAGCAGAAACUCAUUUGUGGUUGACAUGGACAAAAAACAUGCUGCCGAAAAUCUCUUAAAUGAGUUAUCAUCAUGCCAUGGAGCCAUCUUAAGACAGAUGAAACAAAUGGUUGAAAUUUACAUCAAACUUGCUGAACUGGAGAUGAAAAAAGAGGAUACUAAAAGAGAAAUACUGCUACCGCGAGAAAUCCGCAGUUUUCGUCAGCUCGAACUUGUGCCUGUAAUAACAGCCACUUUUCCUGUGGAUCGUAGUUGUCAAUAUCCAGAAGGAUCUUUUCCGCACUUCAAGGGCUUAGCAGAUUCGGUCAUGAUAAUGAAUGGUAUCAAUGCCCCAAAAGUGGUCGAAUGCAUAGGCUCAGAUGGUUGCAAAUAUCGUCAACUAGCAAAAUCCGGAAAUGAUGACCUGAGACAAGAUGCCGUUAUGGAACAAUUUUUUGGUUUAGUAAACACCUUUUUACAGAAUCAUCGUGAUACACAGCAGAGAAGAUUACGAAUACGCACAUACAAGGUUGUUCCUUUUACCCCAAGUGCCGGUGUUCUUGAAUGGGUUGAUGGCACAAUUCCACUCGGUGAAUAUCUUAUUGGAAGCUCGAGGAGCGGAGGAGCCCAUGGGUGUUAUGGGAUAGGAGACUGGUCGUACAUGGAAUGCCAGGGGAAAAUGAUAAAUGAAAAGGACAAGCGAGCGGCAUUUCAUAAAGUCUGCGAGAACUUCAGACCUGUCAUGCACUACUUUUUCUUGGAGAGAUUCUUCCGACCUGCUGAUUGGUUUGAGAAGAGACUUUCUUACUCACGAAGUGUAGCAGCUAGUUCAAUGGUUGGUUACAUUGUUGGACUAGGAGACCGACAUUCGUUCAAUAUUCUCAUUGAUCAAGCCACUGCAGAAGUAGUUCACAUUGAUCUUGGUGUUGCCUUUGAGCAGGGUCUAAUGCUCAAAACACCAGAGCGGGUACCAUUUAGGCUUACAAGAGACAUCAUAGAUGGUAUGGGAGUCACUGGUGUGGAGGGUGUUUUCAGAAGAUGUUGUGAGGAAACUCUCUCUGUUAUGAGGGCGAAUAAGGAAGCACUACUUACUAUCAUUGAAGUUUUUAUCCAUGACCCACUUUAUAAGUGGGCUCUCUCACCUCUGAAGGCUUUGCAGCGUCAAAAGGAAACAGAUGAUGAUAUUGACUCAAGUUUGCAAGAGUCGCAAGAUGUAUAUGAAGGGAACAAGGAUGCAGCACGUGCAUUGAUGCGUGUCAAACAAAAGCUGGAUGGGUAUGAAGAGGGUGAAAUGAGAAGUGUGCAUGGUCAGGUCCAACAACUUAUCCAAGAUGCAAUUGAUUCAGAACGUUUGUGUCAACUCUUUCCUGGAUGGGGAGCUUGGUUGUGAUAACUAGCGUUAUCAGCUAUGGCAGCUCUGGCAACCAUACACAUUGUACAGGAGAACUUCCUAUGGGGAAUUGUAUUUGUUCUUUCUUUUCUUUUUCUCUUUUCCCUCCCGAUUUUGUCAUUUGAGUCUGUAUUGGAUGUUGUUGCUGCCAUAUAUCAUGAGAGUUUUCAUCUUUUUUGUA